AUGGCAGUCGUGAUCCUGGAUGUACUUAUACCACCUCCCGCCGUUGGCUUGCUAUCCGAAGCCCAGCGUCUCACAUCUAAUAGCACACCUAUCAUGAGUUCAGCAAUCCUUAUGUCCGUCGUGAAGCUUGCUGCGUCGGAAAUUUUCAGUGCGAUCAAGAAGAACAUAUUCAAACCCGCGUCCGACGGUAUAGAUGAGAUCCUCAAGGGACAGGAGCAAAUCAAAGAUCUCAUCAAGGAAGUUAGCCACCAGGUGGCCCUCCGUGAAUCUAUGAAUCUCAUCUACUACUGGACGAACCGUAUGGGGGAGAUCUUGGACGAGAUGGAGCGGAACAACCAGACCGCCGACGAUAGCGCGGCUUACCAAGAGCUCAUGUCCGCUCUGCGGAGCGAAUCAUCCGGCAUUCGCUUCCAGACGUUCUGCGUUUACACGGCCAUAUCGGGCCUCCCAGGCCCAUUGGGCGGCGAGGGGUAUCUCGGCUUCUGGGACGAACAGGCAUACAAGAAGCUUUCCGAUCCGACCGACUCGAAGUACACCCUCAAAAACUACGUCGAUGAUCUAGACUCUUCCCUUGAAGCCGUCGCCCGUCUCCUCCGCCAUGGGCUCAUGUUGAGUCUCUUCGUCGCCUCUGACGAGGUCGACGCCAAUAAGUUGAGAGAUGAUUGUGGAGGCCGCAUCACAUUCUUUCAGACUACUCUCUACGACACUUACUACCCUAUCGGCCUUCGAGAACUCAAGCCCAGUGGGUACAACGAUCGUGGAGAACAGCACGGCCAGUGGUACCGUCUCGACAAAGAAGGAGCUAGCAAACGCCUCCGUGUCACGCGCCAAAUGAUCAACGAGAUAGUCGUGGGCAGUGGAAACGAUUCCGACAAAAGCGCAGGUUUCCAGUUCAUCCAGGAUACAGUCCCUCUGGGGCUACUCCAGAUGGUUUGCGGAGUCGAUGACCGUGGAAACCGUCGGGUCAAUUACUAUGACCGCGUUGGAAAUAUGGGGAUGCGGGAGCGCGCUUGGAGCACAAACACAGACAAGACUUGGUCGGCGCUCGUCCUUUUCAAAUGGAUUCCCAUCGACGUAAACCGUGAGGAGUCUAGGUGGUCUCUUCGCUUAGCUCCAUUCAUUGCCUCGACGGGGCGCGCUCAGGACGACGGCCGGGGAACAUUCGGUGCUCACUUCACUUUUGACAUUUGUAUUCAAGGUGCUCUUUAUCAUGAAGGGCCGCCGGAUGCCGAUCCGGAUGCCGAUUCAGGAAAACCGAUAUAUAUUCAGAUGGUAGUCGUAUAUCCAGCCCACUUCCUCUUCCGUGGACACGCUUUGCGAUGCGAGCGAAGACCGCCUACAGCACGACGCGAGAUACUCGGUCAAAUUUCGAAGGAUCUAGGCGGUGGCGCGGAUUCUGUGAGAUCGACAAGAUGUGAGGAGCGGUUCGCACGAGUACCAUCAACAUCAACCACAUCUCCUUUGAUAGCCCUGAGUGAUGAUUGUGGAAGUCAGCCAUCUGAUGCACCCGCAGGGAAGGCGCUAGAUACGACUACGUAG